CCACCCUCUUCUCCUCAUCCCCAUACAAUGACCUCAUCUUUGGCAAGAGUGUACGCAGAUGCGAACCAGCACAAGCCGCAGUCCUACUGGGACUAUGACAGCGCCAGCAUCGUGUGGCGGCCGCAGGACAAGUACGAGGUGACCAAGCGCUUGGGACGUGGCAAGUACUCGGAGGUGUUCCAGGGGGUGGAGUUGCCUAACGGGAACGAUGUGGUGAUCAAGGUGUUGAAGCCAGUGAAGAAAAUGAAAAUCAAGCGCGAAAUCAAGAUCUUGCAAAAUCUCGUUGAUGGGCCAAACAUCAUCGAGUUGUUCGACGUGGUGCGCGACCCCAACUCCAAGACUCCGGCCUUGGUGUUUGAACACGUGGAGAACAUCGACUUCAGGACUUUGUACCCAAAGUUCUCAGACCUCGACAUCCGUUUCUACAUGUUCGAGCUCUUGAAGGCGCUCGACUACUGCCACUCCAUGGGUAUCAUGCAUCGUGACGUAAAGCCCCACAACGUGAUGAUCGACCACACCACGAAGAAGUUGCGGUUGAUUGAUUGGGGGUUGGCCGAUUUCUACCACCCGGGCAAUGAAUACAACGUCAGAGUUGCGUCGCGGUGCUUCAAGGGCCCGGAGUUGUUGGUCAAUAUGCGUUUAUACGACUACUCCUUGGACUUGUGGUCCCUCGGGACCAUGCUCGCGGCGAUGAUCUUCAAGAAAGAGCCGUUUUUCCACGGCAGAUCCAACACCGACCAGUUGGUUCAGAUCGCGCGCGUGUUGGGAACAGAUGACCUCCAUGCGUACUUGCUGAAGUACGGUUUGACGUUGGGCAAGGAGUAUGAGGACCUCGGCUACUACGAGAGAAAGCCGUGGGUCAAGUUCAUCAACACCAAGAACGAACAUCUUGCGUCCGAGGAGGUGGUUGACUUUAUCGAUUGCUUGUUGAAGUACGACCACCAGGAGAGAUUAACCGCCAAGGAGGCCAUGGCCCACAGAUACUUUGAUCCUGUCAGAAAGACCAACUAGGUUAGCAUU